AUGUCCUCCACGACCUGCCAAGAUGGUGCCAUUCAUACUCAUAAAAAAACCGAGUCAGUGGACAUUGAACAACAAGGCCGACCAAUCGCCCUAGAUUCGGGACUUCCAAAGUCUCUGGGUGCAGGUUCUGCGUUGGCGCUAGGUGCAUUCGGCACAACACUCACCACGCUCUCGUUGAGUCUAAUGGAAUGGCGAGGAGUAACCACCGACAACGUUUUCGUGGCCAACUUCUUCUUUAUCUCGGCAUUUGGGUUGGUUAUUACGGCGCAGUGGGAACUGUCUAUUGGGAAUGGCUUUGCCUAUACGGUUUUCAGCGCAUUUGGUCUUUUCUACGCUGGAUACGGGGCCCUUCUGACUCCUGCAUUCGGCAUUUCCCAGGCCUACGGCGGGACCAGUACAGCAGAGUAUAACAAUGCCGUCGGAUUCUUCAUGAUUCUAUGGACGGUAUUUGUAUUCACGUUCCUUAUUGCCUCACUCGCAAGCAACAUUGCAUACAUCCUAGUAUUUUUCUUCGUUGACCUUGGGUUCUUGACGGUUGCUGCAAGCUACUUCGCCAAAGCUGAUGGCCAUGUCGCGUCUGCCGUCGCGUUGCAAAAGUCAGGCGGAGUAUUCUGUUUUCUGGCUGGAUUAAUUGGAUGGUAUAUUGUUUUCCACUUGUUGCUGCAGGAAUCUAUUCUGGAUCUACCAUUGGGUGAUACUUCGAGGUACUUCAGGAAGGGCAAGAAGAGGGAGUAG